AUGGUGAGGGAAAUCCGCCUCCCGCUGGCCCUGGCCCUGAGCCCGGCAUCGCUGGGGGUGGCAUCGUGGAGCAAGUGCGUCCUGUCCGGGCAGUGGCAGAACGAGCUGGGCUCCCAGGUGCACAUCUUUGACGUGGAAGCAGACGGCAGCUUCUCCGGCGAGUACACGACGGCCGUGUCGGCCACGCAGGCGCCCAUCCGGCCCGCGCUGCUGCGUGGGUCCCAGCAGCUGCAUGGUGAGGGGCAGCAGCCCACCUUCGGCUUCACCGUCAACUGGAAGAGCUUCUCAGACUCGACCACCGUCUUUGUGGGCCAGUGCUUCGUGGACAAGAGCGGGGAGGAAUCGCUGCGCACCAUGUGGCUGCUGAGGGAGGAGGUCAGCUCCGAGAAGGACGACUGGAAAGCGACCAGGUGAGUGGGGCAGGCAUGGCUCUGGGUCUCUGUGGGGCGCGAAGGGCCAUCCCGGGCAUCCCCGUGCCCUGUCCUGCAGGCUGGAGCUGUGUGGGGAGGCGUCAGGUCCUGCUGCUCUCUGGUGCCUUUGCCCAGCCCCCCUUGGGGAGCGCCUGGCCGAGGGCCCCGUGGGUCUGGGGCUGUGGU